CAGUCUUUUCCACUUCUUCCGUGGUCACAUCUCAACACUCACAAAAUCAGCACUACAGUGCAUUUGCUACUUACUCUUUUUCUCUCUCGUUGCGUCGAUAGCAAUGUCGGAACGUGGACGCGGACGUCGAGGCGGUGGUGGUAGAGGUGGUGGCGGUCGAACACCGUCUUCUUCAUUCGGUGGUCGGGGCGCCGGAGGGCCGUCUUCUUCCGGUGGUCGUGGUCGUGGAACAUUUAGUAGUGGAGGUUUGCCGUCUUUCAAUGCUCCACCGGCGUCUCAACCUCAACGACCGGCGAUCACGGUUUCAUCGGUGUCUCGCGAGGUAGAGCAGAAGCUUUCGCUUCAGCCUUCAUCAUCACAACGUCCUGUUGUGGCCCAGCCUGUGCAACAAUCGGCACCGGCGACUGGUGUAAAACCGCUACAGCCGCCGCCGCCGUCCUCGAAAAGCAUUCAGGUUCCUAAUAGACCGGGAUACGGAACUGUUGGACGGAAGUGCCUUAUAAGAGCAAAUCAUUUUCUCGUUCAUGUUGCUGAUCGGGAUCUGCAUCACUAUGAUGUUACAAUCUCUCCAGAGGUUCUGUCAAAGAAAGUAUGCAGAGAGAUUAUGAGCCAGCUAGUUAAUGACUAUAAACAGUCACACAUGGGUGGUCGGAAUUUAGCAUAUGAUGGCGGGAAGAGUGUUUACACUGCUGGGCCUCUCCCAUUCUCCUCCAAGGACUUCGUUAUCAAGCUAGAUGGCAAUAGUGGUGGAGCAAAGAGGGAAAGAGAGUUUAAGGUCUCUAUCAAGUUUGCUGCCAAAGCUGAUCUUCACCACUUGAAACAGUUCUUGCAAUGUACGCAAUCAGAUGCCCCGCAAGAAACUAUACAAGCUUUGGAUGUGGUGCUUCGAGCAUCACCAUCAGCCAAAUAUGAAGUAGUGGGAAGGUCCUUUUUCCAUAAGACAUUGGGAGAUUAUGGUUUGCUUACUGAUGGUUUGGAAUACUGGAAAGGGUAUUAUCAAAGUCUUCGGCCAACCCAGAUGGGCCUCUCUCUAAAUAUUGAUAUGUCAGCCAGAGCAUUCUAUGAGUCUAUUUAUGUGUACGAGUAUGUUGCGAGGUACUUGAAUCUCAGGGAUCUUAAUAGGUUGAUAUCUGAUCGCGACCGUAUCAAGGUCAAAAGGGUUCUGAAAGGUGUUAAAGUUGAGGUGAGUCAUCACGGCAUCAGACGCUACAGGAUCUCCGGGUUGUCCGCUCAACCAGUGAAGGAAAUAAUGUUUUCCGUUGACGGCACUGGAAUGAAGACAUCAGUUGUUGACUACUUCCGGCAGAAGUACAACAUUGUACUUAGGUUUCCAAUGUUGCCUGCGAUUCAGGCGGGCAGCGAUGCAAAGCCCGUGUAUCUGCCUAUGGAGAUUUGCCAAAUCGUUCCAGGCCAAAGAUACACAAAAAUGUUGAAUGGAAGGCAGGUCACAGAGAUGCUAAAGGCAACUUGUCAGAGACCUGCUGAUAGAGAGAAAAGCAUUGAAAAGAUUGUGAGUUCUAACAACUAUGUUGCUGACGAAAUGGUGAAAGAAUUUGGUAUUGAAGUUCGAAGUGAACUCACCACCAUUGAUGCACGGGUUCUUCAGCCUCCAAUGCUAAAGUAUCAUGAAUCUGGUCAAGAAUCACGAGUGGAUCCUAGGAUUGGUCAAUGGAACAUGAUAAAUAAGAAAAUGGUCAAUGGUGGCAAGGUAGACACUUGGACUUGUGUCAGCUUCUCACGGGUUGAUCCAUCACCGUUCUGCAAGGCACUGAUUGAAAUGUGCUGUAGUAAAGGGAUGGUGUUCAAUCCUCAGCCUUUGGUGCCCAUUCGCUCAGCUCAUGCUGGGCAGAUUGAGAAGACUCUGGUUGAUAUCCAUACAGCGUCUACUCAAAAGCUAGCAACUAUGGAGCAUCAAUUGAAACAUCUUCAGCUUUGAAUGAUGAUUUAUCUUGGAUGACAUCUUUGUUUUUCAGGGAGGAUUAAGCGAGUAUGUGAAACAGAUUUGGGAAUUGUGUCCCAAUGCUGUCAGCCUAAGAAUUUAUCUAGACCCAACAAACAGUAUCUUGAAAACCUUGCUCUAAAGAUAAAUGUCAAGGUGGGUGGAAGAAACUCUGUCCUGGAGCAGGCAGUUCAUAGAAGAAUACCUUUCCUCACUGAUAUCCCCACAAUUGUCUUUGGUGCUGAUGUGACACAUCCACAACCAGGAGAAGAUUCUAGUCCAUCUAUAGCUGCUGUAGUCGCUUCAAUGGAUUGGCCUGAAGUGAGUCAAUAUAGGUGUCUUGUUUCUGCACAACCCCACAGGAAAGAGAUCAUUGAGGACUUGUAUCAAAAGCACGUAGAUGCUAAAAAAGGGAUUGUUCAUGGCGGAAUGAUAAGGGAGUUACUGAUUGCGUUUCGAAGAUCUACAGGGAUUAAGCCUGGUAGAAUUAUCUUUUAUAGAGAUGGAGUGAGCGAAGGUCAAUUCAAUCAGGUUUUAUUGGAAGAAAUGGACGCAAUCCGCAAGGCAUGCACAUCCUUGGAAGAAGGUUAUCUGCCACGAGUUACCUUUGUGGUAGUGCAGAAGAGACACCAUACACGUCUGUUCCCUGUUAAUCAUAACGAUCGUAAUAUGACGGACAAGAGUGGAAACAUUCUGCCAGGUACUGUUGUUGAUACCAAGAUUUGCCACCCUAUGGAGUUUGAUUUUUACUUGUGUAGCCAUGCCGGGAUCAAGGGUACUAGUCGUCCCACGCAUUACCAUGUCCUGUUUGAUGAGAACGGAUUCACUGCAGAUGCCAUACAGAAUUUAACAAACUUCUUGUGUUACACCUAUGCAAGGUGUACACGCUCGGUUUCCAUAGUGCCACCUGCCUAUUACGCCCAUUUAGCUGCGUUUCGUGCACGCUACUACUUGGAGGGUGAUAUGUCGGAUACUGGAUCAACUAGUGGUGGUGGUAGAGCAACCAGGGAGCAGUCGGCAGGGGUCAAGCCGCUUCCUAAGAUUAAGGACAAUGUGAGGGAUGUCAUGUUUUAUUGCUAAGGAUUCCCUUUAUCUUUGGUUCUGUAGGAAUGUUCUUUUGGAUUUUUGUUAUUUAUUACAACAGAUUGCCAUGCACAAAUAGUUGAAUUAUAUACUCAGUGUUUUGCUGGCCUGUGGGUUUGUGUCAAACCCACAGAGUAACAUACUUGAUUUUUGCAACUCUUAUGUUGGGUUUCGGAUGUUAAUGGUUACAACAGACGGUAAAAAAGAGAAGUUAUAUUUACGUAAUUUUCAGGUA